AUGAAUUUCAACAUCUUUCUUGUAUUAAUAUUAUUAACCGCUGCACACAUAGCAGAAUCUCGUUCAUCUCGUCAUCGUUUGCUCAAUCAAAGAUUAUAUCAUGACAACAACCCUGGUGAACGUUAUGGAUAUCACAGAUUAGCAAACAAUGGUUUUGGAAAUUUUGGUGGUCGUACACAUAGUGGUCAUUUCAUUAUUCCACAAAAUAAUGACUUUGAUGGCCUUCGGAAUGGUAUUGAUUUCCCAGUAGAUGAUGAUUUUCAUGGCGUAACUGGCAGUGGUGCUUAUACUCAAGACGCAUUUAAUGUUUAUUAUAAUGGUAAAAAGGUUGAAGGGUUAAAAGCUCUGUUUUUUAAAGAUUUAGGAUAUGGUUAUGCUAAAGACAAUUGGGAUGUUUGGUUACGUGGCCGUAAAAUUCCAGGUGCAAAAGCUUCGUCAUUUGAGUUAUUAGAAGAUGGUUAUGCAAAAGACACAUGGACAGUUUAUUUUAUGGGGAAACCCGUUGAAGGGCUAAAACCAAUAUUUUUCAAAAAUUUAGGUAAGUACUAUCGUCGUCAAAAUACGGCGAUCCUGGUUGCUUUCUGA